AUGCACGAAUUCUUCGACGAUUUUCAGUACGUCAAUGGCCAGUACAAAUGCAAUGUUCAAAAGCGGGUUGCUAUGAUGUCUGGCAAAAUUCUCGUCGACGGGCCGCAUCUGCUCAAGUUCACGAGUCAAAUACUGCAGGGACACCCCAUAAACAAUUUGAUUGAAGAGCUUCUUUUGUGGUUUAAAGCACGAUAUCAAGUCGCGGAAACAGCGGAUGUCAUUGAAUCCUCUCGCCUUUUGAUACCAGGAGACUCUGCGCAGGGUGAAGAGGAGGAGGACAUCUUCAUGGCGGGCCUUCGAGACCAAGGCGUCCCAAGCCCAGAUGUUACCAACGCCCCCGAGCCUUCUGAGCGAUCAGAGCUCCGGGAUAUAGAGAAGGACAAAGCUGUAGCUGCCAAUCUACAAGACCACACUGCCAUGGCUACGCUGCUACGACGUCUUUUCCACCAAACCGGAUGGCCGUUAGGAGACAAAGUGCCUGACCAGUUACAGCGUAACUACAACUACGUCAAAGAGGAAGCAUUUGGGCUGACAACUUCGCUGAAACGGACGGCCGACGAGUCCUUUGGGACAACCGCCUCUUCCUUUAAGCGUCCGAGGACAUCCUGUCGUGAUGAAAACGAUGUGAUAUGCGAUGGAGAUGAAGAGCGACUUAUCUCCAGUCUAGCAGCCAGUGACGAUCCGUUCCUUCGUCGUUAA